AGUUUGACGAUGUCUCCCAAGAUGUUCCUCUUCACCGUCCUCGUCGGCUACCAGCUCUUUUCAAUUGCUGGGGCUCAAAUGGUCAUUUCAACGUUGGAUCCAUCGCGAUACCCAUACAUUGUGAGGCUGAGGCCGAGCGUCACUUCGACUUUUACUGGGGUAGGAUUGAUUGUGAGCAGCAGAUUUAUCCUGGCUCAAAAAACCUUCAGCUUUAGCAAUAUCCCGGCAACGGGCAUAGAAAUCACCGAGCAGACAGGCAAGAUUCAGUUUGCAGCCGUAAAGCAAUCGAUCGUGGGAGAUAAAUACGCGUAUUUGAAAGUCUGUAGAAAAUUCAAUGGCGCCACAUAUCCGAUGACAUCUUCGAGAUUCAGCAGCCUGGCCUCAGACAAUCCAAAUACCACCAUGCUUUUCUUUAACACCACGUCUCCCGUCCUUCAAGAAGUUUCCCCCUUCACCGUGAUGAGCGCUUCAAACUGCACCACUUUUGCUUGGGCUCCUUCUUCAGGAGAAUUGAUUUGCAUUUACCGAAAUCUGACUCCGGGCUCUUGCUUGUUUUUUACGGACGAUCCGAGAAAUUACUAUCAAGCUCCCGUGCUCGUAAUCAACGGCCAUCCUCAUGGCUUUUUGAGUGGCUAUUCGUGUUCGUCUGACACCAUUACUUCCACUUGGUAUUUUUAUAAUUUUGGCUACGACCGAGCUGCUCUCAUUCAAGAGAUCCCUGAGGUGACCAUCCAAUAAUUUGCAGCAAUGCAAAAGGUGUACCCAA